UUCGCUGGAAGGCAGAGUCGGGGAUACCGCGCCUGUCUGCCGGUUGCUUGCUAGACGCACUCCGCUUACCGCCACCACUAAAUCUGAAUAAUUCGUGUUAAAAAUCUAAUCUUAAUUAUCAACGAAAAUGUGUGUUAAUAAACGCGGGGAAAAUAAAUAAGUUAGAACAAUUUAAAUAUUGUCAAUAUUUUGGUGUUUGUGAAGUGGAUAUCAUGAUAACAACCAUGACGUCAUUCAUAUUGUUGAAGACAAAUUCGUUCUUAUUGAGGAUGAACAGAGAGGAUAACGUGAACUGGUUCCAUGGGAAAAUAUCACGAGACACUGCUGAAAACUUGUUAAAGGAAGAAGGUGAGGAUGGUGUUUUCUUGGUACGUGAGAGCAACACUUCGCCUGGAGAUUAUGUGCUUUCUGUUUUACAUCAAGGGGAAGUAGUGCAUUAUCAAAUUCGGAGACAUGGUGAAGAUGCAUUCUUCUCCAUCGAAGAGCACACAACAGUCCACGGACUGGAUACUCUCAUACAACAUUACCGUGGGGACUCCAAUGGGCUCGUCACCCGACUGUCUGUUGUUUGCAAAGGGCAACCUCCACCUCACGAGUCUCGUACUCAGGGAACAACAAAUCUUUUGCAUCGGGCAACCGAAGCCGGCGACUUCAACAUAGUGUCUCAGAUGCUCGCUUGCGGCUACCGCAACCGAGACGCCAAGAACCAAGAUGGGCAGACUGCAGUACACAUCGCCGCGCGCGCCGGCCGCGACAACAUCCUUGCCAAGCUGAUAGAGAGCGGCGCCACUGUCAACGUGCGAGACUCCUUCGGGUACACGCCUCUGCACUACACAUGCCAGAACAACUUGCCGAGUACAACAGAGCUGUUGAUCACCAAGGGGAACGCAAACUAUCAGAUGCGACACGCGCCCACGGGGAAGGUGCCUCUACACGACGCAGCGCAGCGGGGACACAUCGACUGUAUCAAGGUUCUCCUGAAACUGAAAGCACCAGCCCACCCGAGAACUUUAGCAAAGGACACCCCAGCAGACCUGGCAAAGCAUUAUGGACACGUAGAAUGUUAUCAGCUAUUGAAAAAUCACAAGCCAGAGCCGUCUUCAACGUCAAAAAGCCAGUGGUACCACGGCACCCUGAAUCGGGACGAAGCCGUCAAGCUGCUUGAGGAUUACUGUCGCCAGCGAUCGCUCCGCGACAAGGCGGCGGAUGGCGUGUAUCUAGUGCGCUACAGCGAGCGACACACGGGCGCUUACGUGCUGACUAUGCUAAGCGAAAAUACGCCGUAUAACUUCAUUAUAAGAAAAGAGGGCAAUUGGCUUUUUAUUGACGACGGCCCAUACCUAGAAUCUCUUGAAAGACUGAUCGAACACUAUAACACGGUUCCUGAUGGUUUACCGACUCGCCUGAUGACCGCUGUUCCCCCGAAGCCUAAACCACCUCUGCCAGAAUUCUCCACAAUGCCACGGACCAAGAAGCCAUCGCCGAGCCGCGCCGCCAUGAACCAGACGCUAUCCCUAGUCAAGCACGACAUCCUCAGCGACAAGAUGUCCCACCCGCACUCCCCUCCCAUCCCCGCCAUCCCAACCACCAACAAUGCCUUCGAACUGCUCACUCGCAACCUGUCCUUCUCUUCUGACUUCAAUAACGACAGUCUGAACAACAACGAUGAGCCGCAAGAUGACAACGAUACGUACAAAGUGCCCGUGAAUAAUAGCGCGGUGGUGACGCUGGCGGAGAAUUAUAAUGAGAUAUCGAUCAAUUCGGAGGGCCAGCUGUCGACGUUGCAAGAAUUUAUUCCUAUGAGUGAGCUGACGUUAGGCGCGGUUCUGGGCGAAGGCGAAUUCGGUUCCGUGCUGCGCGCCACUUAUUCUCCUCCAGACCAACCGCCACAACAGGUUGCCGUGAAGACACUCCAUAUGCAGCACACAGACACUAACAAGCGAGAAUUUCUAUCGGAAGCGAAGACCAUGAUGUCGUUAAGGCAUCGAUGCAUAGUGCGCAUGAUUGGAAUAUCUUUGGGUCCACCUCUAGCGAUGGUGCAAGAGCUCGUCCCGCUAGGCUCGCUACUAGAGUAUCUAGUCCGAUAUCCAGACAAAGUGUCGGCGGGCUACGAGCUUCGGCUGUGGGCGUGCCAGAUCGCCGCCGGCAUGAGAUACCUGGAGCGCCGCCGGUUCGUGCAUAGGGACCUGGCUGCGAGGAACAUACUGUUAGCUAGCAGACAACAAGCAAAAAUAAGCGACUUCGGCCUCUCGCGGGCGCUGUCCACCGACAGCUCCUACUACAAGGCCAGCCGCGGCGGCAAGUGGCCCAUCAAGUGGUACGCGCCCGAGUCCUACAACUACGGAACCUUCAGCCACGCGAGUGACGUGUGGAGCUACGGCGUCACGCUCUGGGAGAUGUUCUCAUUCGGCAAGCAGCCCUACGGAGACGCAAGAGGCGUGGAGGUACGUGACAACCGGAAGAAAAACAUUUAUUUUGAGCUCAAGUGGUACAAGAUGGAGUCCUACAACUACGGUACCUUCAGCCACGCCAGUGACGUGUGGAGCUACGGCGUCACGCUCUGGGAGAUGUUCUCAUUUGGCAAGCAGCCCUACGGUGACGCAAGAGGCGUGGAGGUAUGUAACUACGAAAAAAAAAGUUAUUUUAAAGGUUAAACGGUACGCGUCGGA